UGUAUUGUACUGGCAGCCGAGUUCAACAUUCGCAGGCUAUUGCAAUGAAUGAAUUUGUGGUCAAAGAGAUUGGGAUUCCAGUACAACUCCCACCUGAAAUAACCACACCCUGCGAUUUGAUUCAUCAGCAUAAUGCUGUUUCAUUUAUCUGUGCUGCAAUAGGAG